AUGUCUAUAAUUGACAAUCGAGAAGACCUUAUUGGUGAAGCGAUGGAUUCAAAACCUUCUCUCCACAAAAUUCUCUUCCUUGUUUGUAUUUUCAACCUGUAUUUGAAGUUCUCUUCAGGGACUACGGAGAUUGAAGAAGAUUACAACAGUUGGGUAUCAUGGAAUGUUAACAAUCACAGGACAAAGACAAUUAUGAGACAAAAUUCAGGCACCACAGGAAACAUACUGGAUCACAAGUUGAUGAUGGCCGAGAUAAACAAAACGAGAAUAACUGUCAGUCAGGAUGGGACUGGUGAUUUCAACACCAUUAAAGAAGCUCUUGAUAGCAUUCCAAAACACAACACCAGGAGAGUCAUUCUCAAUAUCAAACCAGGUGUUUACAGGGAAAAAAUCAACAUCACUAAAGACAAGCCGUUUGUUACAUUUUUAGGGGAUUCAGGUUCAGGCAAUGAGCUACCAACAAUAAGUUGGAAUGACAAGAAAUCAAGUGGUGGGAAGACACUUAAUACUGCAUCUGUGAUGAUCAACGCAGAUUAUUUUGUGGCCAUCAACAUGAAAUUUGCGAACACAGCUCAUUAUGAAAGUGGAAAAAAAGGGGAACAGGCAGUGGCAGUUCGUGUAUCAGGGAAUAAGGCAGCAUUUUACAAUUGUAGUUUUUAUGGACACCAAGACACUCUUUAUGAUCACAAGGGCUUGCACUACUUCAAAAACUGCUUCAUCCAAGGCUCUGUUGACUUCAUUUGCGGCCAUGGACGGUCCCUUUAUGAGAAGUGCGAACUACAUUCCACAGCAGAGAAGGUGGGCUAUGCGACGGCCCAAAGACGAUCAAAGGCUUCAAUGAUAAGUGGGUUUUCAUUCAAAGACUGUUUGGUUACAGGGAGUGGAUCACUCUACCUUGGAAGAGCAUGGGGUGAUUAUUCAAGGGUUGUAUUCUCCUACACAUUUAUGGACAAGAUUGUGAUUCCACCAGGAUGGGAAGAUGAUAUGGGUGAUGGUCAUUCAAAGAAUCAUUCAAAGAUUUUUUAUGGAGAAUACAAGUGCACAGGUCCUGGAUCUAGGUCCAAUGUAACAGGGAGGGUGCCAUGGUCAAGAGUUCUAACUGAUAAAGAGGCUAAACCUUUCAUUGGGGUUCAUUUUGUUGAGGGUGAAACUUGGCUUUCUAAUUAGCCUUCAAUAACUUUGUGUUCUGCUUCAAACUAUAUAUUUUAUUUAUUUAUAUUUAUUUCUUAGUAAUGAAAGUCAUAU